UUCCCUCUGGAGAUGGAUUCCAGCAGGCUGGAGCAGGAACUGCAGUGGAUGGAGCUGGUCUGGGAAGAGACUCCAGCAGACAAGACAGAGGGCCCUCUUACCUCCCAGGUCUGGAGUACUCUGUUCCAGGCAGUGUGGUGGGGUUCUCCCAGCCUGGUGAUGCAACUGCUGAGGCAAGGUGCCAGUGUGGAGGAGAGGGAUCACACGGGUCGGACUCCGCUCCAUCUGGCUGUGAUGCGAGGCCACGCACCUCUUGUACGCCUACUGUUGCAGCGUGGGUCCCUGGCAGGCGCAGUUGACCACACAGGGCGCACACCGCUGCACGAGGCUGCCUGGCACGGGCACUCAAAAGUGGCGGAACUAUUGCUGCAGCGUGGAGCCUCAGCAGUGGCAUGCUCUCAAACGGGCCUCACGCCCCUGCACUGGGCAGCUGCGCUGGGCCGCACACUACUGGUUACCUGCCUUAUGGCUGCACCAGGUUCAGGUUCUGCUGUGAAAGACUUAAGAGGUUGGACAGCCACACACUGGGCAGCGGUGUGCGGGCAACUGCCAGUACUAGAGCUGCUGACUGUUGGAGGCAGCGUAGACCUGGACAGUGCCCUGCUGGUGUCGGCGAUAGCUGGAAGUGCAUCUGCCUUGCAGCUUCUCCUGGCACUGGGAGCAAAGGUGGAUGCCCUGGACAGCACAGGAACCACUGCACUUGGCCUGGCGGCUGGCCUAGGCCAUCACCAAGACGUUGAAAUGCUACUGGACCAUGGGGCAGACCCAAAUAUCAGGGACAGGAACAACCUCUCUGCACUCCACAGGGCUGCCACUGGUGGAUACCUGCCUGUUAUACAGCUGCUGGUGGCCAAGGGCAUUGAGGUAGAUUCUCGAGACUCGCUGGGCCUCACACCCCUGCACUAUGCUGCUCGGGGAGGCCAUGUAGAAGUUGUCAGUUAUCUCCUGGACAGGGGUGCACAGGUCAAUGCUGCUGGCUGGCUUCACAAGACCCCUCUGCACCUUGCUGUGGAGUGUGGCCACAGUACCACCAUAGAGCUUUUGCUGAGCCAAGGAGCCAACUCUACCUUGAGGACACAGUGGGGUGAAAUGGCCCAGACCCUAUAGGGUGUCUUCCCCAGGCACUGUAUGAUUUCCUUAACUAACCAAACUUCUUAGA